AUGAAGACAGCAAGCAUCGUGGCAGCCAUUUGCGGCUGCAUCACCAUGGCAGCAGCGAAGUCUAUCUCCAUGACACCCCACCAGCAGUACUCGUCCUCCGUCGGAGUCCUCGGCUGCAAGAUUGAUACUAACAGGGCUGCCUUCUGGCCCAUCCCCGUUGAUUGUAAUAACAUCUGUGUCAAGGUCACCCACAAGGGCCGACAUGUGACCCUGCUUAGGAUCGACGUGUCCAGGGGCGCUUACGAUAUUUCCUACGAUGCUUGGAACUACCUCACUACAGGCUUCAGUGCGAAGGAUGCCGGCAAAGCCUCAUAUGGGGGAGCUGUCGCCGCCGAGUACGAAGAUGUACAUGGCAGCGACCCCGAGUGCAGGAAGCUGAUGCACACGGCGGGCAACAAGCUAGCCUUGUCCGCCUCGAACUCCCAGAACUUUAUAACCUCCUGUGCUCCAGGCACCUUUGUCAGAGAUAACAUGAUCCAACUCAACAUCAAAGACGCUCAGUGCCAGUGGGGCAAAGACGAAGUCUGCAAGCUGACUGAUGCCGACCGUGCCGCUGGCCUCAACCAGCCUGCCUGUCCCAGCGUCCUGGGAAACCAAGACAAGAUGAAGCCGUGCUUAGUGAAGGAUAUCAAGUAUGGCACUGGGAAACACGUCUGCGCCGACGGCUCGGACGUAGUUGGUACUCCCCAGGUCCCGGCCCCAGCGGCCGCUGCUCCACCACCUACCAUGAGGUAG